UAAUGCAAACGAACAAAUUUGUGUCAGUUCAUCCGCCAUGAUCAUCGUUUAAAAAGAGAACUAGUGUUGGUGGGCCCCAAGGCAAACGCAUUGCGUCUGAAUAAAAAGAGAUUCCACGUUCCCCAUUUUAUUCUUUCGUUUCGUUUCAUCUCACUUUUGUGUAGCGCCUCCUCCUCUCCUUUCCACCCUUCACCUCUCAACAUUCACUACGUCUCACGAAACUCUGCCCUUUUCCUAUUCUCCUUCCUUCUUUUCACACACACACAAUUAAUGGUCGUGUUUCUCAGCUUUUUGUUGUGGAUGGACUCGUUAGAAUUAUGAGAGUUGGAAAUAAAUUGUCAUUGAUGAUGUUUGGCGCAAGAGUGAUCGGUUUUUGGGAUAUCAAGGAAAACAAUCCUCCGUGGAAGAGAAUUUUCUUGUUCUUCAUAUUCAGACUGCUUUUGUGUUUCGGAUCCUAAAUUCUUUUACUAGUAUCACUUUUUCUUGAAUAUAUAGAUAGAUGAAUGAGUAUUACUAAUAUCAAUCAUGGGAGAUGGUGCCCUGUCACCUAAUAUUUCAGACAGCGCCAUAGAUUUUGAUCUCAUACAUGAACUCUUGUCCGAUGGAUUCUGGUUAGAGGCCACUGAUGCAUCCACAGAUUUCAAUCAUCACCAACAACAAUAUUUCUCAAAAGCAACUGCAAAAUCAAUCUUCUUUAGUCACAGAGCUGUUACCUACCCGAAAAUGGAUGAAUCCUCUUCACACAGCCAUGGAAAGCAAGCUGCAACAUUCCCAGACGAAGAAUCCCAAGUGACUGCGCGGUUAUGGGUUGGACCGAGACAUGAUCAGUCUGUAAAGACGAGGUUGGUGCAGGCCAUCGACUUCCUUAAAGAGUCGAUACGCGACAAUGAUGUUCUUGUUCAGAUCUGGAUUCCUGUGAAGAAGCAAGGGAAGCAAGUGCUCACAGCUAGCAACCAGCCGUUUUCACUCAACCCGAGUUGCAAGAAUCUUGCAAGCUACAGGGAUGCUUCCCUGACCUAUCAGUUCGUGGCGGAUGAGAGUUGCACAGAGUUUGUUGGCCUGCUUGGCCGCGUGUUCUUGCACAGGUUGCCUGAGUGGACUCCGGAUGUACGCUUCUUCAGAAGAGAGGAGUAUCCACGUGUCACUCACGCGCAGGAAUGCAAUGUUGGAGGAUCGCUUGCACUCCCAGUGUUGGAGCAUGGCAGUGGUAUUUGCUUGGGGGUGCUUGAGAUAGUCACUACUCAUCAGAAACUCGAUUUUCAUCCUGAGCUACAAAACGUCUGCAAAGCUUUGGAGGCUGUUGAUUUGAAGAGCUCCAACAUUUUGAGUCCUUAUAAUAUUGUGGAGCACGACGACUCCUACCAGGCCACUCUGGCAGAGAUCAGAAAUUCCAUGAAAUUCGCAUGCAAUGCAUACAAACUGCCUUUGGCACAGGUGUGGGCGUCAUGUCUUCGCCAGCAAAGAGGUGGUUGCCGCCAUUCUGAUGAGAACUAUGCGCACUGUGUCUCAACCAUCGACUCAGCCUGCUACAUUGCUGAUGCACGAGUUAAUCGCUUUCAUGAGGCAUGUUCACAUCACCACUUGCUGAAAGGUCAAGGUGUUGCUGGGAAAGCAUUCCUCACCAAUCAGUCAUGUUUUGCUGAGGACAUAACAGCUUUUAGCAAAACGGAAUAUCCUCUUGCGCAUCAUGCAAGGGUGUUUGAUUUGUGUGCUUGUGCAGCUGUACGCCUGCGAAGUAUAUGCAACGAGACCACUGAUUUUGUGUUGGAGUUCUUCCUGCCACUGGAUUGCAAAGGUGCUCGAGAUCAAAUGCUUAUGCUUCACUCCUUCUCCUCUGUUAUACAAGAAAUGUGCCGGAGUUUGAGAGUGAUCACAGAUGAAGAGUUGAUUCGAGAAACUUCAGGCAGCACCUCAGCCGGUAAACAAGAUGACGAGAAGCAACAACACAAGCUGCUUUCUCCUUCCAAGAAUUCCUCACAUGAAGGAGGUUCUAUUUCUUUUAAUGAUAAACGAGACUGUAAGUUUAAGGUUAACUCCGGUUUUGACUUGCAUCAUCUUCCAGCAAGUUUAGAACAGAGCCAAUUUCAGCAGGAUUCUGGACCAGGAACGAGUGUUGAGUCCUUCACUUUUGGGAAUAAUGCUUAUGGUGCUAAAGCAAGCGUAAGGAAACAGAAACGGAGUGACAAGAUUAUUAGCUUGGAAGUUAUUCGACAACAUUUUGCUGGGAGCUUAAAAGAAGCAGCUAAAAGCAUUGGAGUAUGCCCAACUACCUUGAAAAGAAUAUGCAGAUAUCACGGGAUCACACGAUGGCCUUCACGAAAGAUCAAGAAAGUUGGCCACUCGCUGAGGAAGCUUCAACUCGUGAUUGAUUCAGUCCAGGAUGGUGAGGGUCCCAUUCAACUCAGUUCCUUCUACAGCAAUGUCCCACAACUUGUGUCGCCAAAUGUAGCAGGAACUAGUAAUCACUUGUCGACUAUAAAGACGAGCCAGCAGGAGAAGAAUCCAGCUGAAGGGAACUUGUUGACUGCUGCUACCACUUCUUCCUCCUCUGGCAGUCAAACCUCCAGUUCUAGUUACUGUUGUUCUACUGGUUCGAAGCAAUCAUCUUUCCACGUCAAUGGCUUUAUGCCUGAAGAUGCUUUAUCCACAGAACAGAAUGGAGGGGUGUUGAAGAAAGCAAGGAGUGACGCGGAAUUGCAUGGGAAAGGCCAAGAGAAAACUAAGCUUAUGAUCAGAUCAUACAGCCACAAGCUUCUAUGUGAAGACCCUGUUGCUAUUGGAGCUUCAGCUGUGCCAGUGGAUAGCAACCGGGAAAAUGACGAGGCUGCUUUUAGAGUAAGAGUUUCUUUUGGGGAAGAAAAGAUCCGGCUCAACCUGCAACCACACUGGGACUUUAAGCAUCUACGAGAAGAGGUCUUGGCACGCUUCAGCAUAGAGAAUGUGGCUGAUGUUAACUUGAAAUAUCUUGAUGAUGAUGCUGAGUGGGUGCUUCUUACUUGUGAUGAUGAUCUUGAAGAAUGUAGGGAUAUACACAGAUCUUCAAAGAGCCCAACUAUUAGGCUGUCUGUAAUUCGGACCUGCCAUCCCAAUCUUGGAAGUUCAUUCGGUAGUGAUUGGCCAUACUAGAGUGGCUUUUGCCAUGCAUCAAGGUUGUUUGAUGUUUUUUAUGGAAACCAUAUGUUUGUUUGUUUUAUUUGAAACACCAACUUGUGUAACAAUAUGUGCAGAAUGCUAUAAACAAGACAUAAAUAAAUGUUAAUUUCCAAGUUUCUACA